AAGUUUCUCGCCGAGAUUUAUAUAGCCCGGCGGCCGGCAAGGAUCGCCCACCACAACCGGCAACCUCACCCAAGGCAGAGCCCCCCAGCCCCGGCCCCAGUUCAGGUACCUGGUGCCCCCACCCCUCAGUGCCAUGUGGCUGACCAAGCUUCUCCCCGCUCUCUGCCUCCUGGCAGUUGCCACAACCGCCGCUGAGGUCAAGAAGCCUGGGGCGGCGGCGGCGGCGGGCGGGGCGAAGGCGGCGGCGGGGGGUGGGCCGCUGAGCCCCCAGGCGACGGCCCUGGCCGGGCGGAGCUCCGCACUGGCCUUCGACCUGUACCAGGCACUGGCCGGGGACACAGCUGUGGAGAACAUCCUGCUGUCACCCGUGGUCGCGGCCUCGUCACUUGGGCUGGUGUCUCUGGGCGGGCGGGCGGCCACAGCGGCCCAGGCGCGGGCCGUGCUGAGCGCGGGGGCCCUGCGGGAUGAGGAUGACGUGCACGCCGGCCUGUCCGAGCUGCUCCUGACCCUGAGCAACACCACUGCCCGUAACGUGACCUGGAAGCUGGGCAGCCGGCUCUACGGCCCCAGCUCGGUCAGCUUCGCCGACGACUUCGUUCGCCGCAGCCGCCAACACUACGGCCUGGAGCACUCCAAGAUCAGCUUCCGUGACAAACGCAGCGCCCUGCAGUCCAUCAACGAGUGGGCGGCCCAGACCACCGGCGGGAAGCUACCAGAGGUCACCAAGGAUGUGGAGAGGACAGAUGGGGCCCUCAUCGUCAACGCCAUGUUCUUCAAGCCACACUGGGACGAGAAAUUCCACCACAAGAUGGUCGAUAACCGAGGAUUCAUGGUGACCAGAUCUUACACUGUGGGCGUCUCCAUGAUGCACCGGACAGGCCUAUACAACUACUACGAUGACGAGGCAGAGAAGCUGCAGAUCGUGGAGAUGCCGUUGGCCCACAAGCUGUCCAGCCUCAUCAUCAUCAUGCCGCAUCACGUGGAGCCCCUGGCCCGGCUGGAGAAGCUGCUGAGCCGGGACCAGCUGCAGGCCUGGGAGGGCAAGCUGCAGAGGAAAGCCGUGGCUAUCUCCCUGCCCAAGGGUGUGGUGGAGGUGACCCAUGACCUGCAGAAACACUUGGCUGGCCUGGGGCUGAGUGAGGCAGUGGACAAGAACAAGGCUGACCUGUCCAAGAUCUCGGGCAAGAAGGACCUGUACCUGGCCAGCGUCUUCCAUGCCACCGCGUUUGAGUGGGACACGGAGGGCAACCCUUUCGACGCCGACAUCUAUGGGCGUGAGGAGCUGCGCAAUCCCAAGCUGUUCUACGCUGACCAUCCAUUCAUCUUUAUCAUCAAGGACCGCCAGAGCGGCUCCCUCCUCUUCAUCGGCCGCCUCGUCCGCCCGAAGGGAGACAAGAUGCGAGAUGAACUGUAGGGGCCAUCGG